AUGACAACUGUCUUUAAAUAUCAUUUCCCUUCUUCUGGAAAUAAAUCAAAGAUACUUGAUUUGACCAUUCACAAUGAUUAUAUUGAUGAACUUCUUCCAUCAUUGUUUACAAAUAAAAAUUCCGCACCUCAACACCAAAAAAUAACAAAAUCACAUAGUUUACCUCAAUUUUACUUUAAUACAAACCAAAAACAAAAUGAUCUUCAAAUCGAAGAGAUCGAUUCACCACGUAAUAAUAAUAAUAAUAAUCUAAGUAGAAAUAAUCUUUCACUCAAUAAUAAUAAUAAUUACAAUAAUAAUAUCAAUAAUAAUAGCACAAUUGGAAAUAAUUUUAAUCCAUACAUUAAUAACAAUCAUAACAAUUUUUCUACUAAUCAUAAAAUAACAACUUCACAAUCAUUUUCAACCAACUCGCUAAACAAAUCAUCGGAUAAUGGUUUUUGCAGAAAAUACUUUGGUUCAUCCGAUGACGAAUCUGAAAACAUCACAAGCUUUGAAGAGGAAUCUUCUGACGAUUUCUACUUGCCAUCUGUUCAAUCAACGGGUCUUCAGAAUCUACAAUCGUAUUUCUCAAGAUCGUCAUCAAACACAUCAUCAACAUCUACUUCACCAACGGCUUCACCAUCUACUUCACCAGGUCAGCAGUCAGUACAAUUCGAAUAUCUAAAAUCACAACUAUCAGCAUCAUCUCCAACAGUACCAACUUUGAAAAACAAAAAGAAAAACCAUCAACCAACAAAAGUAGCUCCCUAUUCAAAUACUGAAAAGUUAAAUCAUAGAGAAAAAAAAAGAGGUAGACCACCAAAAGAAAGAUUUGGACACUGUGCAAAAUGUGAGACAACAGAAACACCAGAGUGGAGAAGAGGUCCUGACGGAGAAACAUCGCUAUGUAAUGCAUGUGGACUCCAAUAUGCCAAACAAAUGCGAAAAGAAAGAGAAUCAUCUACCGUGGCCACUAUUGGGUCAUUAUCAAAUAUCCUAAAUUAA